AUCGCCUUCGGUUUCCAUUCCACAUCCAGGCGAGCCCAGCAACACAUCCCUCGCCGUGCCUUUGAUCUGCUGCACCCGCUCGCUCGCUCGCUCGUUUGCUCGUUUGCUUGUUUGGUUUCUCCAUGAAGGCCAUCGUCGUGUCGCAGUGGCUCCAGUCGCACUCGGAGCUUGCCGUCUCGACCUCGUUUCCAGAGCUGCCCGGCCUCGCGCCUGGCAAACCGCUGGGCGAAACCGAGGUGCUCGUCCGGGUCGCAGCCAUCGGGCUCAAUUUCUUCGAUGCCCUUGUCGUCACGGGCAAGCACCAGACCAAGCCAAAGCGUCCAUUCAUCCCCGGAGCCGAGUUUGCCGGGGUCGUCGUGGCCGUGGGUCCCAAGGUCCAGGGAUUCCAGCCCGGCGAUCGAGUCUUUGGAAACGGCAAGACCGGUUGCUAUGCAGAGUACGUCCUCAGCGGCGUCGAGCACAUCCACAAGGUGCCCACGGGCAUGAGUCUCCGCGACGCCGCUGGCAUCUUCUUGACAUAUCCGACCUCAUACGCUGCCCUGGUUUUCCGAGCCAAUCUCCAGCCUGGCGAGGUCUGCCUGGUUCAUGCCGGCGCCGGAGGUGUCGGUCUCGCAGCCAUCCAGAUCGCCAAGUAUCUCGGCGCGACUGUGAUUGCAACGGCUGGCUCGGACGACAAGCUUGAGAUCUGCCGGUCCAACGGUGCAGACCAUGUGAUCAACUACAAGACCAAUGCGAACUGGUCGCAGACGGUCCGCGAUCUCACCCGCGCGAUUCCGGGCCGCAAGCACGAAGGCGCCGAUGUGAUCUACGACCCGGUCGGCCUCGUCAACGACUCGACCAAAUGCGUGGCCUGGAACGGACGCAUUCUGGUGAUUGGAUUUGCCGGCGGGAACAUCGAGAGCGUCCCGACCAACAGGCUGCUUCUCAAGGGCGCAUCGGUGAUGGGGGUCUACUGGGGUGCGUACGCUGUCCACCAGCCGCACAAGAUGGUCGAGGCCUGGAAGAUGAUGCCAGCGGCAAAACGGGGCGGCAGCCCAGGCAGUUACUCCGUCAUGAACGAGGGCAUAACCAUGCCUGUGCUUUCUAUCCCCCGCACCGCCCAGGAUCUGUCUGUGAUGUUCUCGCUCGCCAGUGCAUACACCGGACAGCCGUUGCGUCCCGUCACCUUCCCGAAGGUAUACAAGGGGCUCUCGUCCGUGACGGAGGGGCUCAGCGACCUGCUUGCGCGUAAAACAUACGGCAAGGUCGUUGUCGACCUCGACGAUAUCCAGAGCAAGCUCUGA